AUCUCGCGAGAGGGCUCGGUUGCUCGGUAUCUAUACGCGCCGCGCUCUAUUAACCCGUGGUGUUGCAGCAUCUUCAAACCGAAAGCAACGCCCGGCAGCAGCAGCUCUAUCAUCAUCGUAUGUCGGGUGGUCGUCGUGUUGUGGGCGAGAAGGCAGAACGGAUUUACUCUCCUUCUACUAUCUUCUAUCGUGCUGCCGUCUUGUUGGAUUCUGUGGUACGGAUUCCGUUUCGUGAAAUCGCCGUGUAUGACGUGUGUUCCAGCUGUGAAAAAGGGAACCCGGGAAACGGGUCCCGGUGUAGGGGUGUAGUGUACCAAGAAGACGAGGCAGUGGCUUGCGAAGCGGUGGGAAAACCUAUCAGUAAAAACCGAAAAUGAGAUAAAAGUGAAAUCAUAAUCAUCAAACACCUAUGAGCGUGUGUGUGUGUGUGCGUGUACCACUGAUAGAGCCAAAGCCGUGGGAACGCCCUGUUGGAACGCCGCAUCAACAUCAGCAACGUCGGCCCCGGGGAUCAAAGUAUCCAUUGCCAAGGGGAUGAUCCAAUAUUUGCCAGUGGAAUGCACUCACUACGGAUAACUUCCGGCAUUUGUAAGUGACUGUGAGUGUCCCUGUGUGCGCAUGUGUGUGUGUGUGUGCGUGAGUGUGUUCCGGUCAGUUCUGUAGUGUUCAAGUGUUCUCCGGCAGUGUCAAGGGUUGAGAAGGUAGUAGAAAAAAAAAACGAGGUAAACGAAUCCUGCGAAAUUGGUUUGGCUUCACAUCGAUCGGUGGUGGUGUUCGAGUUGAUGGUGAUGGUGUGUAUCGAAUUACGAUCGAUCCGGUUUGCAGUACCACCUAUACACAGUGGCCAGCGUGAUCGUCUGCCUGCGACUACGACGGCGGUUCAACAAGAUAAUCCAGCAAACUCAACAAACUCGGCAAAGAGCAAGUGUUGGUAGAGAAGGUGGGGCGACGACGACGGGCCGGCGUUUUCCCGUCAGCCAGCGGUAAUUUGACAUCCGAGUUUCAACCCUCAGUUGGCCGCGAACCAUCAACGGCGAACAGGUCAACUGGCUAGGCGUGCGUGCGUGUGUGUGUUUGUGUAUUUGUGUACUUGAAGCCGGGAAUGCCCGGUAAAGGUUUACACGGUGCAGACACUACCGGUGGUAACGGAUUGCACGAGUGACGACAACCGAUUCGUUGCUGCAGCCUCUGCUACUGCUGUUGGAACAUUCUUCUCGCACCGAUACUGGAUACACACCGGAAAUAGGUUCGUGGUCUGGUGGUGGUGAGUCAUCGUGUGCAGCAACCGCGCGGGAGUGCGGCGGCGUGAGUAGUGCAUCCUAUCCCAGACACACUGAAGGCAAAGGAAGGGCCCCGCAGUCGCUCUGGCCGCUAGCGAAUGCAGCAUUAGCGGCACUUUUCGUUUGACAGUUUUAUGUUCUGUUCUGUUCUGUGUUCCGAGGAGAAGAAGGAGCAUCCGCCAAAGGUGCAGCUGGCCCAUUAACACGGACUCCCCCUAAUUAAGGGAGAAGAACGUGAACGAGUGUGUGUGUCCGUGUGUGUGUGUUAGGGAGCAGCGUGCAGCGUGACAUGGUGCCGAGUGGAGAUGCACGACGGCAACCGGUGGCCGGUUGCAGCUGUUUCGAUUCGAUGCCGACCAGUCCCGGGCGCACAGUGCACGAUCACGAUCGUCGCUUCCGCUGAAUGCGCGCGCGUGUGUGUGUGCGAUGGUGAUGCGAUCGUGUGUUUAAUGCCGUGAGUGAAAAUGCAUUCGCUCCAGACGAGAGCGCGGUCCCAGGGCCGGGGACUGGGCUGAAUCUUCGUCAUCAUCAUCAUCGUCGUCGUAAUGUGUUCCUGCCACGCGCUUGUGUGCGCGUGUGUGUGUGUGCGUUCAAGCAUUAAAGCAUAAUCAAAACGAUCCCUAGAGGGAUCUCUCCCCCCGAAUUUAAAACGGAUCCUCCGGGGCGUGUGCGAGCGCGUGACAGAAAUUAAAGGAAAGAGCGAAACGUGGAACCGAAACGUGAAACUCGCUCGCUCGUUGUUAUUAGGUGGCCGUUUUGGGUGUGAAAUUGUGACCAGCCGUGUGUGCGUGUGUGUAGUGCUACGCAGAAGAAAUAGAUAAAAUGUUGCAACCGAAUCCCGCGGCAACGGCAACGGAGUCGACGACGGGGACGGCGGCCAUCAUCGCGCGGAGUGCCGAAAUGGUCGCGAGCGGCGCUGGGAGUUGCUCGUUAAAAUCCGAUCCAUCACGGUUAAAGAUGUAUCGAUGUCGCAAGCGGCUCGAUUUACAGCAGCAGCACCACAAAUGCAAAAGCUACCGCAGAACGUUAGGCAAUGAGUGGUGGUGGUGGUGCAAGUGGCCAGACACGAUGCACGAGCGGCUCGAACCGGAAGCGUCUUCCUCCAGUCAUCCAGCGACAGAGCAGCAGCAGCAGCAGCGGCAACGACGGUGGUGGCAACAGAGGAAUGCGAUCGCUAGCUGGCAACGCUGUCACCGGCAACUCCUCUGGGUUACCACCGU